AUGGCCACACAUCGAUUCGACCCCGAUUUCACCGACAAUGUCAUCAACUCUAUGGGCUCCAAGACCUCGCCACGUAUGCGCCAGCUCAUGAACGGUUUAAUCAGACACGUGCAUGAUUUCGCGCGCGAGAACGAGCUCACUGUCGAUGAGUGGAUGGCUGGCAUGAGCGAUAAUAAGCGCAAUGAGGGGCAACUAGUCUGCGACGUGAUCGGACUUGAAUCGCUCGUUGACGAGAUCACUUUUACUUUGGCCGAGGAGGCUAAGGACGCACCUACUGCCACUGCUAUUCUUGGACCGUUCUUCCGUGCGGAUACCCCGUCCCGUUCUAAUAGCGAUGACAUCGUCAUCAAUAAGCCCAAGGAUGGCCAGAUAGCGUUUAUGCACGGCCAGAUUAUAGAUUUCGCUAAGCAGAAGCCACUUGUUGGUGCCACUGUAGAGGGGUGGGAGGCUUCGACAAAUGGGUUGUACGAGCAGCAGGACCCUGAGCAGGAUGAGUAUAAUCUGCGUGGCAAGUUCCAGACUGAUGCUGAUGGGCGGUACUACUUCUACUACUUGCGGCCGACCCCGUACCCUGUUCCAGGCGAUGGUCCCGCGGGAAAGCUGCUGGCGCUUAUGGAUCGCCACCCUUUCCGUCCUACUCACAUUCAUAUUAUGGUAUGGUUGAUACGCCGAAUAAGAUAUAUUUUUACUGAACGCUCUACUAGGCUACUCACAAUGGCUAUCGUCCUCUUAUUACCCAGAUCUUUGACCGCAAGGGCAUACCUGGAGAACGAAUCCGUGUUUGCAGUCAAGGAUUCACUGGUCGUAGACUUUGUUCCGUGCGAUGGUGACCCUUACGCUGCGCUUGAGCUUAAGUACGACGUGAAGCUCGUGGCAGACACGCAAUCCGACAGUGCAUGA